AUGGCGGCGGGCGCACUCAGCGGCCUGGUCGCCGUGCUGGAGACCUACCGCGGCCGCGACCGGGUGGUCCGUACGCUCUGCUAUGGCUGUCAGCUGGCGGGCGGGGCGCUGGCCGGGCCGCAGUCCCCGCCAUCGGGGCUGCCCGGGAGCCUCCUGGCCGUGUCGGCCCAGCUGAGCGCCUGCCGCACGGUCCUGCGCCUCUUCGACGACUUCGCCAUGCUCAGCUAUAGCUGCGGCUACGGGCUGGGCCCCAAGGACGAGGACGGCCUGGUGCGGGGGCUGUCGGUGCUCUGCAACCUGGCCAACCAGCUCUACUACCCCUGCGAGCACGUCGCGUGGGCGGCUGACGCUGGCAUCAUCCGCGUCGGCUCUCAGAAGUGGUGGACUCUGAGCACGGCGCUCUGGGCCUUCUCCCUGCUCCUGGGCAUCCUGCGAUCCCUGAGAAUCUUGUUCCGGUUAAGAAGAAAGCUGAGGCAGCCUUUUGCUUCCAACAGUACACCUUCGCCUCUGAGUGAAAAGGAAGCGAAAGCCCAAGUGAAGGCUGAGGUUUUGAGCAUCCUCACAGACGCGGCAGAUCUCUCCAAUGCAAUCCACUGGCUGCCUCCGGGAUUUCUUUGGGCUGGACGCUUUCCUCCAUGGUUAGUAGGUCUCCUGGGGACCAUAUCUUCCCUGAUUGGUAUCUACCAAGCAUCUAGAGGAGGAAAUUCUGAAACUGUAUAAACCAUAAUUAAGCUUCAGGAGCCCAAUUUUUACAUGGUAAAAACGCCUUUAGUGAGGCAGGGUGUAUUUUAACUCUGCUGGGUGUCGACGAUGGUAAUUUCAUGCGUCCUGUAAUUGGGACCGUUGUCAAGAUGUCUAUUACAGAGAGGAUUGUUUACGGUUAACAAUUUUUAUUACUCUUCAUCAGAGAAAUCUUUCAGGCGAAUCCUCUGAAAAUCAAGAAAUCUAGGAUUGGUAAAAUAGAGAGGAAAAAAGUCACUUCCAUCCUUCCUUCCUCUGUCCCAAAAGACAAAUGCAACCCUCCAGUCACUUGAAAGAGCACAAAGUCAGCGUUAGGCGGAGAAACGGCCACGGUUCUGUCACACAAAACUUCUAAGGGAUGGAUCCUGUGAGUUCGAGCUCCGGGCUCAGCGCUUGGUGCUUCGUCUGAACCAGGGAGGUGACCCGUAUCGUGGAAGUUUCUCCGUCAGAUAUUUCGGUGUUUGAGCCCAGAGCAGAUGCCCCAAGCGCAAGGAGGAGCAAGCGGUUAUUUUGUUUGUGACGGUUGCGUUUCUUUAGAGGCGAGAGGGGAAAGAAAUAGCAACCGUAAGCAGUGCCUUGCGAAGCUUUCUUCUAGUCUGUGUUGCUCAUUUAAGGAGAAAUAUUGGAAGUUGAGACUUCCUGGGUGAACAAGAAGCAGCACUGAGCCUCCAGCUGUGCCUUUAUGGAAUGCCACCGGGUGGAGCUCUUUCACCAGGCUCUGGCAGCAGCCAACGGACUUUUGUUGUUGUUCUUUUUAAAAGAAGCAGCGAAUUUAUUAAUCACCUUUCAAAGGACCAAUCAAACCAAUGCCAAGAUGAGUUUUACAGUUAUAUUUCUAGGCGGUGCCAAUAAUAAACGAGACGGAUGCUUCAAAGGUGCCCUUGAGUGAUCAUUCCUUCUGUUA